AUGCAGAAGAUCCGCCAUCCGUUGAUUGUGGUUGCCAGCUUGAUCUCCAAAGCGCCCAACUUGGGUGGACUGUGCAGAACCUGUGAGAUUUUCAAUGCAGAGUUGCUGGUCGUUGACAACUUGAAGAUCAAGGACGACCCAAUAUUCCAAGGACUGGCGGUGACGGCCGACCGAUGGAUGCCGAUGCUCGAGGUCAAGGAAAGUGGCCUGACGGAGUAUCUGCUCAAGAAGAAGGAGGAGGGCUACUCGCUGCUUGGCAUCGAGCAAGCCACCAACAGCGUCUCAAUCGAGCGUUUCGCCUUUCCCAAAAAGAGUGUUCUGGUUCUCGGUAAGGAGCGGCAAGGCAUUACACCAAACCUUCUCCCCCUUCUCGACCACAUUCUGGAGAUCCCGCAGUAUGGAGUGAUUAGAUCGCUCAAUGUCCACGUCAGCGGCGCUCUGAUUGUGUGGGAGUACACCAAGCAAAUUGCACUGGGCUAG